CGCCCCGGAAGAUAAGGCGGCUCACUUGCGUCGUGUUUCCUCUUUCAGCCGCGCUGCGGAACGGACCCGCCGACAUGGGCCGUGUGAUCCGUGGACAGAGGAAGGGCGCUGGCUCAGUGUUCCGCGCGCAUGUGAAGCACCGUAAAGGAGCCGCGCGUCUUCGCGCAGUGGACUUCGCCGAGCGGCACGGCUACAUCAAAGGCAUCGUGAAGGACAUCAUCCACGACCCGGGCCGCGGCGCACCCCUCGCCAAGGUGGUCUUCCGGGAUCCCUACCGGUUUAAGAAGCGGACGGAGCUGUUCAUCGCCGCCGAGGGCAUCCACACGGGCCAGUUCGUGUACUGUGGCAAGAAGGCCCAGCUCAACAUUGGCAAUGUCCUCCCUGUGGGGACUAUGCCUGAGGGUACGAUCGUGUGCUGCUUGGAGGAGAAGCCUGGGGACCGUGGCAAGCUGGCUCGGGCCUCAGGGAACUACGCCACUGUUAUCUCCCACAACCCCGAGACGAAGAAGACCCGUGUGAAGCUGCCUUCCGGCUCCAAGAAGGUCAUCUCUUCAGCCAACAGAGCCGUAGUUGGUGUAGUGGCAGGUGGUGGUCGAAUUGACAAACCCAUCUUGAAGGCUGGCCGUGCCUAUCACAAAUACAAGGCAAAGAGGAACUGCUGGCCACGAGUACGUGGUGUGGCCAUGAAUCCUGUGGAGCAUCCCUUUGGAGGUGGCAACCACCAGCACAUCGGCAAACCCUCCACUAUCCGCAGAGAUGCCCCUGCUGGCCGCAAAGUUGGUCUUAUUGCUGCCCGCCGGACUGGACGUCUCCGGGGAACCAAGACUGUGCAGGAGAAAGAGAACUAGGGCUAUGGGGCUCAAUAAAGUUUGUCCUUACGCCAC